UAUAAUCAUUUUAAAAUCAUAUUUGCUCCAAUCAACUUCAGCUUUAAAAUAGUCUACUGAAUACCAACCCUGUGAGUCUCCUGCUAAAUGAAUCAGUGUAGUGUUUGUUUACCUAGACUAGGUGGACUUCCGGUCAGUGUCCUCCGUUGUAAAUAUUGGGGGAACCUUUGGACCACCCCUCCGUCCCUGUUAGGGUUAAUGUUCCUGUUCCUGAGGAGGACUCCAGCUCCAGAUCCAGAUCCAGCUCCAGCUCCACCAUGGCCACGUCUCCCCUCAAACACUUCCUGGUUACAUAUUUAAUGCCAGAAAAAUGUUAUGGAGAGUUUUUCAUCAACUUUCAUCUGCACGUGCCUUGCCUGAAGUUUGUGAUGAACAGAAUUGUGGGAUUUUGGAUCUUACUGGAUGCUUUCCUGGCGCCGCUACCUCAGCUGUUGAAGAUCCUGUGGAGAAGAAGUGCAGAGGGCCUGAGUCUGACCUCCGUGUUGCUGCAGCUAUACGCCUUCUCCUGUCCUGUCGUGUACGCCGUGGCCAACAACUUCCCACUCUUUGCCUGGGGUGAGAGGCUCUUCACGUUGGCCCAGACGGCGGCGAUUGUCUUCCUCAUCCUGCAUCAUCGUGGUGAAACCCUCACAGGGCUGCUGUUCCUCCUGGCGUACGGGGGUGUGAUGUUCCUUCUGGGCUCCUACGCAGCUGCAGCGGUCGCCUCCGUGAUGCAUGCCUCCAGUCUGGCAGCUUUAAUUGGAAGCAAGGUUUUCCAGGCUGGAACUAACUACUGCAGCGGCCACACGGGCCAGCUGUCCUCUCUGUCUGUGUUCCUCUCGUGGGCCGGGUCUCUGGGCGCCGUCUAUGUGUCUCUACAGGACACAGGAGGCUCAUUUAUAACUCUGUCACACACGCUGUACGCCUGUCUCAGCGGCGUCCUCCUGGCCCAGGUCCUCUGCUACAGCAGCAGCAUCGCCACCGCUAAAAAGAAGCACGAGUGAGUAGAGGUGGAGGAGGGUGACGAAUGAACACUCACACAAAUCCUUCCUGUCGUUCAAGAAAUGUAUCCAAGAACUCAAAUACAGCGCAGCUGUAGCAGGAACACUUUAAUGUUAUUUAAUCAUCUUAAAUUGUAUGUCUGCAGUUAGUUGCCCGUCAUUGUGACGGAAUAAAACAUCCUUUGUUGCCCUCGCGUGAUUUAAAUAAGAAUAAUGUUACCAUCAGGGGCAGGAGCAGUAAGGCCAACAAGUCCUCGGCGAGUCAAUCAUUUCUCUGCUCAGAUCUGAGAGGCUGAACGCCGUCAACCUUGAAGUCACAAUGAGGGUAAUUGUGGGGAACACUCCAUGGAAGAGUGCCAUGGUAGCUCCAGUAAAUCAUGUUUUUACCUACAUAUACAGUCGGAUAUAUAUACUGGAACCUGUUGAUGGUUUUAGAUUUCUUCCCGAGCACCAGUUUAGUAUGUGAGAGCCUUUUCAUGAACGCCUCAGGACUGAGCUCCAGGAACACUCCAGACGUUUAACUGAACCAAUAACACAUUAAACUUGUUUGUUUCAGCUUAACAUAAAAAUACCAGCAACUACAUGCCCCUCCAGCUAUAAUAAACCAUUUCUUUAUGUUUUUUUUACUGUUACACAUUGAUGUAUUUUCUUACUUUCAUACCUGUUGAUCUGUUCUGUGAACUGAUAUGAGUACAUGAUAUAAGUAUAAUGAUACUGUGAAUUAUUGCCUCUGAACAUUCAGUAAUAAAACAAAAGAAUGAACA